GUCGGAGGAGGCGGUUCCUAGCGGUGGAGCCUCGGAGGAAGUGGACGGAGGAGGAGGUUCCUAUAGAGGCUGAGCCUGCGGAAGGCUUGCAGAGUGCUGAGCUUGGUUCAUAAAACAUUGAUUAUUCAAGUGGUGGCUACAGUUCCGCACUGCUUUAGCUGUCAUGAAUCGAAGGAAAACUACUAGUAGAGGGACCUCCCCUGCCAUGAAGAUUAAUCAUCAACCUCCAAGGCUUCUCAUUGUGCACAUUGCUGUACCUUCCUGGGCUAACAUCUGCCCCAAUCUCUGCGAGGCCUUGCAGAACUUUUUCUCCAUAGCCUGCAGUUUGAUGGGCCCCAGCCGAAUGUCUCUGUUCAGCUUAUACACAGUACAAAACCAACAUGAGUGUGUCCUCCCAUUUGUGCAAGUGAGAGGGAACUUCAUUAGGCUGCAGGCCUGCAUCUCAGAGCUUCGCAUGUUACAGGUAGAAGGUUGUCACAGACCACCUCACACCUUACUACCACUGGCAGUAGAGGACGGGCUCCAGCAGUUCAAACAGUACAGCAGUCACAUGGGCUCAAGUGCUGCUCAGCCCCGUUCUUCCCUGGAGAUUACUGUCCUGACUUCUCAGCCUGGAAAAGAAGUGGUCAAAGAGCUGGAGGAAGGGUUGAAAGAUAUAAACCUACUUAGCGUCAGAAGACUGCAGGUCGUUGAGGUCACAAAAGGCAUCCAGGAGCACACAGAUUCACCAUCUCCUCCUGAAGAACCCAGCAAUGAUGAGAGCUCUAUCCUGGAAGCUGACAUCGUCCUUGAGACUCUGGACAAUGAUGUCGUCAGCAUGGAGGUCUUCUUCAAAACCUGGCUGCAGAACACUGAGACUGACCAGGAAAACAUCCACCUUUUUUUAACUCCAGAGAGUCUUCCUUCUUCUUCCAGAGCCAAGGAUAAUCCAAUAUGUCUGAAAUGUGAUCUUCAAGAGCGAUUUCUCAGCCCAUCCCUGCUUCCUGGUACAGCUGAUGGCGUGUCGAAAAUAGAUGACCCCAAAGGAGACAUCAGCACGCUCUACCAGAUGGCAUCCCUCUCUUCAGACUCUCCCCAUAAGCUGCAAGUGAUCAAAGCUCUGAAAUCUAGUGGGAUCUGUGAGUCCCUGACCUAUGGACUGCCCUUCAUCCUCAGACCCACAAGCUGUUGGCAGCUGGACUGGGAUGAGCUGGAAACAAAUCAACAACAUUUUCAUGCCCUGUGUCACUGCUUGCUGAAAAGAGACUGGCUGCUGUUGGCCAGAGGGGAACCCCUGAUCCGCAGACCCAACCAGAAUCCCCCUGCCUGCAGCUUCUAUGUGAUCACACCUUCACACUCUCUCACACUGCUGGUGAAGCUUGUGGCCACGAGGGAGCUGAUGCUGCCUGGCUUCUUCCCCCUGCUCUCUGAGGACCCACCUGAAGACAGCCUACAGAUCAUAGAGAGCACACUAGACAGCCUGGAGCUGGGGCUUACCUACAACCCUCUGCAAGUUGAGAGUCACCUAUACUCACAUCUGAGCAGAGCCCACAGCAAGCCUCAGGGACGGCUCUCCACAAGCUGGGCAAGCCGGGGCCUUAGAAAGGGUGGUCAGAUGCAGACCAGUAGAGCUCGAACCACAGUGGUUCCCCUCCCAGUGGCUCCUGCCCCAGCUAGAACUCUGAAGAUGUCAGCAGCCAGUAAAGCAUCCUCAGGAACCUUCCUGCCUUCUGAUUCGGAGGAGGAGUAUCCUUCUCAGACCUAAGUCCCCAGUGCCAGAACACAGCCAUUCUACACCACUCACAGGAUGGCUGCCUGCUCUCAACCUGUGCCUGGGAGUGAGCUCAGGCUACCCUCUGAUACCACUGGGAUACCACUGGCCAAUGGGGGUGGGCACUGAAAACAAAACAGCCAGGUCUGUCUUUUGUCCAGCAGGGACUCUCUUUUGGAUCAUUUGAUACUCUUUACACAAAUAAUUAAAUGCCCAGUAAGCCUCCUC